AUGGCACAGAGUACCACGUCAAAAACUACUCAUAACAUUAUCAAGUAUGCGUCUCACAAGGUUCCGCUGUCCGCUCAAGUUCCGACUAAUGAAAUCCAAUGGAAAUCACACGAAGGGGAGCACCUUAGAUUGACGAUCGCAGUGACGGCCGUCCGCGCGCCAAGCGGAUCUGGCACGCAGCCCAUGGCAAGGCAUGUGCUGAAAAUCGUGUAUCUCUCAGAGGAUGUAGAGGAGAAUCAAAACGCUUCGCAGAGUAUGGCGAGCGAAGCUUUAUUGGAAAACUUGGAUUUAACUUCCUUCUCAGAGAUAAAGUAUAGUGGUCGCGAAUUGCCUCUGAAGGCUGUAUACAAGAAUCGAUCGGUGGCUUUCCGGUACUUGUACCCUAUGAUUCAGGGCGGGAACACACCACAGACGUACCGACGUUUUCAAGUAACUUUCAAGACGGCGGACGAUGCCUUGAACUUCAUCGACUCGAUAAAAUAUAUAUGCCCGUGUAGCACCGCUCGAGACCAGCGCCCAACAGAAACACACGUAACCGAGCAGGCGAACAGCACCCACUGCCCGCCUUUAGCUAUGGUUAUUGAGGGUUCUGCUAAAACUGCCCCGCCCCGUCGCAUAGCACCAAUAAAUCGUCCUAUAACUCCAUCUCGGAUCUCUAAUCCACCUUUACCAAGGAACGCGACAACGUACAGGAAGAGUACGAUGUUUGCCGACAUGCUUAGUUCACCAUCGUUGGGCACUGGAAACUCUCAAGCCAGAGGAGCGCCUGGCUCAAGCUCGGGUUCAAGUGCGUCGGGUGGGAAGAGCGCAAAUCCCACUCAGGUAAAGCCGACCAUGGAUGAGGUUGUGAUUGAUCGAGGCGAACUGGUUGACGAGCCAAAUCACAUAAUUGUGGACGAGGGGCCAUUGACAGAGCCCGGCAGGGCCGAGGCAACGAACAUUUCACAGGUUGGUCGAGCAAUCGCGCAACACGCACCCUCUCCAAACCAACCCGAGGAAACACAAUUCAGUGCGCCGACGCGCGUUGGGACAAACCAAUCAAGAGCUCAUGUUCAAGUUUCAAGAGAGGGACAACAACUUCAGCCGAGAGCGAUUGAAAUUCUACACGCAGCCGAAGAAACCCCAGGGGAAUCGACUAAGAUCGUGCCCGGAAUACGCCAACUGCGGGACGCCUCGGAUAUUUACACAAUGCCCUUUGACGAACUUCAACAACUUGUAGCGGAGGUAAAGAAAAAGGGUACAAGUGAUGGUUUAACCCUGCAUUGA